AUGCUGCAAAAAUGGAUUCCCAAGGACGAGCAGCUCGACGCCGCGGAGAACGCGGCACGAAAGUCCAAGGCGCAGAAAGGAGCGGGAGCCGGAAAAUCCGGCGCCCAGGAAGGCCCGGAGAAGCUUCUUCAGCUGCCUUGCCGCGCGGAAAUAGUUCACUAUUUGGACGUCAGGGAUGGCGGGUGGGAUCUUAAGGAGUGCGAGUGCUGCUUCGACCGCGCAGUGAGCUACCGCGGGCAGCGCGCCCUCAACAUGAUGAGCCUAGAAGACUUCCGCUCGCACCUGCACAAGCAGAUGCCAGACUCCGUCCCCGCCGCGCCCCCGAACCGCCCGACGCGCGCAAUUCUAGACCACUCCGCGCGGAACCCGGUGUGGGCGGUGGGGGGGCCGCGCGGGGCUCCGCCCCCCGUGCACUACCACUGGAAGUGCGAGCGCGCGCCGUACCUCUGCGCGGAAGGAAUGCUUGUGGAGUGGUUUGCGGAGCCCCGCGUGGGCGUACUCAUGGACCUGGGGAAGAUCAGAUCCAGAAUUCCUGCGAUUCUCAAUGCUGCAGGAGUCUCUUUCCCGGCGCACAUGGACUCUUACUCCGCGGCGUUCCCAGCCAUGGCGGCGGCGCUGGGGGCGGGGAGGCAGGCGGAGCAGGACAGCUUCGCUUCCGCGCUGGGGCAGAUCCUGGGGGUGAAGGAGCGCGGAGAUCUCAAGGAAGGCUUCGGGUUUUUCCUACAGGAACUUCUCUCCGGGGGGCUUGAGAAGGCGCAUGCGGAGGGGAAGGGGAGAGGCGCGGGGAGAGGCGUGGGAGGGGGCGGCGCAGGGCGGGGCGCAGCGCGGGCGGGGGGUGGCAGAGGGGUGGAGGGGAUGGGGAUGCAGGAGAUAAUGAGGGCGAUGGUGCGGCUGAUGGAGAAGGAGGGGGGGAUGGGGACGGAGGAGCGGAGGAGGCUGAUGGGGGAUCCGGGGAUGAUACCUAUGGAUGCGAUGAUGAAAAUGCUUGGGGAUAAGGAUGCUAUGCGCCGGCUCACUCAAAUGCUGGAGGCGGAAAGUGGGGGGAAUGGGGGUGAUAACGAGGGGGAAAGCGCGGGUGGUGAUGAUGGUGGGGGGGAGGGGAAGGACGGGAAUUGGCGGGAGAAGCUGAAGGGGGCGGCGUGGGAGAGGUAUGUGGAUGGCAUGGGCUGGAUACUGGAGCAUGGAGAGCACAGCAGGGAGGCACAGAUCUUCCUUAUAGACGGGAACAACGCGAACAAGACCCGCGUGGAGGAGGAAGCCAUUGAGGCUGCUAGAGGGAGAGUGGGCAGGGAGGGGAGGCUGGCGGGAGUGGAUGGAGAGGUGGGUGGGGGAGGAGGAGAUGAGGCAGCAGCUAUCUCCAAUCCUGCUCCUGUGGGCAGUGCUGUUUCCGAUUCUAGGCUUGUACCUGUCAACUCCAACGCUGUUGUAGCAGCCUUCACGUAUCGGGCAGGCUGCAUCUUGCAGUGGGUCCGGAUCUACGGCUCAGAUUUCAUCUCAGUGAAGAAAUGCUUCAAGGACGACCCGCACGGCAAGGUGCUGGCCAUGCGCCAUCCGCUUCGGGAUCUUCCGAGCCUGCUGGUCAGGCUCGGCGCCAUCCCCAAGCCUUUGGAGGGACGAACCUUUCCAAUGGAAUGGGUGGAGUGGCCUGAGGGCGAUGAAGCUGCCGUGAAGCUUCCUCGUGACCCCAGUGAGAGGUGUUUCCGGCUGGGAAUGGUGGAUGAGAUUGAGACGGGGGAUUCUGGGGAGGGUGGGGAGGGCGGAUCCGGGAAGGGGUCAUCUAGGCAGGCAGCAAGGGCUGGGGGGAAAGGGAAGAAAAAGGGUGGGGGCGGGAGAGGAGGCAGGGGGGGUGGGAGGGGGAAUGGAAGGAGGAGAGACCCUGGAGAAGGGCCAGUGAGCCUCAUGGACGCUCUUGUAGGGGCAACCGCCCCUCAGAACCGAACUGUACCCAUCGUUCGCUGCACUGCUGAUGCAGAAUUCCUAGUGGAGUUUGCAGGGAAGCUGGUGGACCUACCUGAGUGCUCCCAAUGCAACAAGUGCUUUGCCACAUACACAUUCUUCAUCCCCACGCUCACACUCAUCGCAAACUACGCCUAUCGCCCCGCGUCGGUGCUUUUCAACCGGUUCCUGGCGGUCUUUCCGCCACACACUGCGGAGUUUGCGAAGCUGCUGGAGCUGAUGCACAUGGAGCCUCUACCCACGGAUGUCCCUCCGCUGCUGAACCUACAUGUGGUGAGGAAGCGAGCCGAGCAGCUUCCGGUGUUCUUUCUGCUCCACGUGGCCAUUCACUGGCCGAAAUCCGUGCUGCAGAUUGAGGAGUUGGAAGCGGUGGGGAGCACUGAAGGCGCGGAAGGUGUACGGCGCGGUGCUGGGAGGAAGGCGCAGAAAGGGAAGAAGGGAGGGAAGAAGGGGGGUGGGGAUAGUGGGGAGGACGGGGAGGACGAUGGGGAGGUGUGGGAGGAGGUGAGGGGGUGGUGUCUGGCAGCUAUGUUUGCGUGGAAAUCAACUCUGAGGGUGGUAGGGCCGGGGAUGGUUGAGACAUGCAAGGGUAACAAGGCACGGAAAGCGAAGGGGAGCAAGUGGGAGAGUGGGAGUUGGGUCACUGGAAUGUGGCAGAGGGCUAUCGACCCGAGGUAUCGUGGAGACGAGCAGGAGCAGGACGGGCAGAGCAGCAGUAGCAGUGGCAGUGGCAGUGGCAGCAGCAGCAGCAGCGAGGGGACGGGCAAGAAGGGGGAGGUGCCGGCUUAUCUGAAGCCGUGGCCGGGAGGGGUUAACCUGCUGGCGUGCCUGCGAGAGAUGCUGCUAGGGGAGCCCUGCUACCGCCUUGCUUCCCCUGCUGCCUCGUCUGCUACCCCUGUUGCCUCCUCUACCCCGGCUGCCGCCUCCUCCUCCCGUGCUGCAGUGACCAUGGCUGCUGCUGCAAGCACCGUUGCCAGCAGCAGUGCAGCGGCAGCAACGGCGGCGGCAGCAGCAGCAGUGGCAGUGGCAACUGGAUCUGCGGCCAGUGGGGGGCGUGUGUGCAGUGCUGAGGGAUGUGGGAAGGUGGAGGGCGGUGCUGUGAAGCUGAAGGGGUGUUCUGGGUGUGGCAAGGUGGCGUAUUGCAACCGCGACUGCCAGAAGGCUCACUGGCCCUCGCACAAGCUUACUUGCCGACCGAAAUCUGGUAGCAAGGUGUGA